AUGGCGGCCACGAUCAAUCUCAAGCCCGUCAUCAUUGAGAUGUGGAUCGAGUAUGGCAUCGGUAUACUCAUCCUCUGUCUCCGACUUUUCGCUCGACUUCAACGGAUCAAAUUUACAAAGUUUAAAUCUUGGGCGAUCGACGAUUGGCUCACUAUUCCCGCUGCUAUUCUAUGGACUAUGGAAGUCUCCAUGUGCCAAAUUAUAGCGGACAAGGGCAGCAUCACCGGCCUAACGAACGAAGUCGCCUCGAAGCUCACGUCCGAAGAAGCCCUCAGCCACGAGAUCGGAGCUAAAUGGUUGUUCGCGGCAUGGUAUGUCUAUGUCUCCAUGGUGUGGACUCUCAAGGCCAUGAUGCUUUCGCUCCUUUUCCGAGUCACCAAAUCGCUCCCCGAAGAACGUCUCGUGAAACAAGCCUCGAUCUUCGUUUUUAUCUGCUAUCUAAUAACAAUCGGUGUUGUUUCUGGGCAUUGCUGGCCAACCCAUAAGCUAUGGCAGGUUUAUCCUGUUCCAUCAGCCGACUGUUCUCAAAACCGAGCUAAAUACUACGCCCUCGUUACAACCAACGUCGUUACUGAUUUCGUCAUCAUGGCUCUGCCUAUUCCUUUACUAUGGAAGCUGCAAGUCAAUCUCAGGAAGAAGCUGGUUUUCGGCCUGAUAUUCUGCGGUGGAAUCUUUAUCGUUAUUUGCACGCUUCUUCGCUGCAUUAUCUGCUUGACCACACCAGGGCGUCUUGAUCUUGGUCUUAGCUGGUCGAUCCGUGAGACGGUCGUCGGAAUUAUCGUCACAAACGUCUCGUCGAUCAAGCCCCUCUUUACCGGCCGCAACCACAGCACAAACGAUAGCUCCCAUCAUACAUCCAACAACCGUCUGGGUUUCUCGCAUUCUGGUAACACACAUAAGAUGUCGCGAAUGGAAAGAUUACCCGACGGGAGUCAUAGUGGGAGCCAAGAGUGUAUAGUGGCCGGACUUGGCAAGAACCAGACCACAGUUGUCGCGGAUGACAAUAGUUCAGAUCACAAGUCUGAUCACAAGUACAAGUAUAGCGGUCAGAUUCAUGUUACGAGGGACUUUCACGUUGCAUAG